AUGUGUCACGGAGGGGCAGGUGGCUUUAGCAGCAAGAGUGUCAACUCCUGUGGACCUUGGCCUGUCUUCAAGAGCAGCUUCUCUGGAAAUGGGCAUCAGGGUAAUGCUGGGGUCACAUAUAACUUUUGUGGCACUGGGUCUAGCCAUGUCAUCAUGAAUACUGGAGGAGGUUCUCCUGGCAAAUCAGGCAUAACUGCCGUCACUUGCAAUGAGUCCCUGCUGCAACCUCUUGACCUGGGAAUAGACACCACAGCCUUAGCACUGAAGUGCCAGCAAAAAAAUGAGCUCCAGAGUCUCAACAGCAAAUUGGCAUCUUUCAUUGACAAGGUCCAAUUGCUGGAGCAGCGUAAUAUGAUGCUGAAGACAAAAUGGGACUUUGUGCAAGAAAAGAAACGUCACAAGAGUGACAUGGGCCCCCUCUUUGAUGAACAUGUCAGCAAACUCAAGAAGGAGCUGGAGUGUGUAGAGCAUGAGAGGGAAGAGCUGAAGACUGAGCAUGACACUUUGGAGCAAACUCUGGAGAACAACAAAAGCAGGUAUGAGGAAGAACUGAACAGACGGGCAACUGCUGAGAAUGAGUUUGUCUUACUUAAAAAGGAUUUGGACUGUGCCUUUGCACACAAGGCAGAACUUGAUGCCAAGAUUGAAAAACUGACCAAACAUAUCAGCUUCUUGAAACAUAUAUAUGACCAGGAAAUCUCUGAGCUGCAGAACUGCAUUUCUGAGACAUGCAUCAUGGUGCAAGUGGACAACAGGAGAGCCUUAGAUAUGAACCGUACCCUUGAGGAGUGCCGGCGUCAGUAUGAACGCAUUGCUUCCCGAAGCCGAGCUGAGGCUGAAGCUUGGUUCCAACAUCAGUAUCAAGAGCUCAGGACUACAGCAGCAAGGAACAAUGAUAGCCUGAACAAUGUCAAGGAAGAAAUCCAGGCUCUGACCCGCACUGCACACCAGUUGGAAUCACAAAUUGCAAAUAUCAAAGCUGAGUGUUGCAAGUUGGAAGAGGAGGUGUCUGGAACUAAAGAACGUGGAGAGAUGGCAGUGAAAGAAGCCAAGUCCAAGCUGAAUGGUCGGGAGGAGGCCUUGAUCAAGGCAAAGCAGGACAUGGCAUGCCAACUACGGGAAUAUCAGGGCCUGAUGAAUGUCAAGAUAGCUCUAAAGAUUGAGAUUGCUGCUUAUAAGAAGCUAAUGGAAGGAGAGGAAUGCUGGCUGAACAAAGGAGAUCGUGCUGUGAACAUACGUGUCCAAAGAAGUGAGGGAGCAGUUGUCCAUAAUGGUAAUCUCCGUCUUGGACCAGGACACAUUUCUCCAUGUGAAACCAACCAGAGUAAUGAAGAUGUUUCUGGCAGUUUUAGUGCCACCCAUGACAGCAGUCCAACCCCAGAAAGUGUCCCUUCAGAUUGUGAAGAUGCCUGA